AUGGCUGCCGCUCUCCAAGUUAUUGCCAAAUGGGCCAUUCCUGUUGGUCUUGCCGUUGGUGGUAUUCAAUCCGCCAUGUACGAUGUUCAAGGUGGUUACCGUGCCGUUAUUUUCGAUCGUAUUCAAGGUGUUAAAGUCGAUUCCAUUGGAGAAGGUACUCACUUCUUAGUACCUUGGUUACAACGUGCUGUUCAAUUCGAUGUUCGUACCAAACCUCGUAAUAUUUCCACCACUACCGGAUCCAAAGAUAUGCAAAUGGUGUCUUUGACUUUGCGUGUGUUGCACCGUCCUGAAAUCAAGCAAUUGCCUUCUAUCUAUCAAAACUUGGGUCUUGAUUACGACGAACGUGUGUUGCCUUCCAUUGGUAACGAAGUCUUGAAGUCCAUUGUUGCUCAAUUCGAUGCUUCUGAACUUAUUACUCAACGUGAAGUUGUAUCUGCCAAAAUCCGUGAAGAAUUGUACAAGCGUGCUAGAGAAUUCAAUAUUGCUUUGGAAGAUGUAUCUAUUACCCACAUGACUUUUGGUAAGGAAUUCACCAAUGCUGUUGAACAAAAACAAAUUGCUCAACAAGAAGCUGAACGUGCCAAAUUCAUUGUUGAACGUGCUGAACAAGAAAAGUUGGCCUCCAUUAUUCGUGCUGAAGGUGACUCUCAAGCCGCUGAAUUGAUUUCCGCAUCUCUUGAAAAGGCUGGUGAAGGUAUUAUUGCCUUCCGUCGUAUUGAAGCUUCCAAGGAUAUUGCUCAAACUUUGUCUCAAUCUCGUAAUGUUACUUACUUGCCCAGCAACAGAGAAGGUGGUAGCAACAUGCUUUACAAUCUCAACACUCAAUAG